GUUCCUCAAGCUGGAGCAUAGUGAGACCCAGUAUCCCUGCUAGGAACGUCGCAGCCAGCCGCCGACGAGAAUGGCCGGUCCAGCUCGCCGCGCCCGUGUCGUGCUGUUCCCGCUGCCGUUCCAGGGCCACAUCAGCCCGAUGCUGCAGCUCGCCGGCGCGCUCCACGCGCGGGGGCUCGCCGUCACCGUUCUCCACACGUUCUUCAAUGCCCCCGACCCGAAGCGGCACCUGGGGUUCUCCUUCGUCGCGGUCCCCGACGCCAUCCCGAACGCGGUCGCCGCGACCAACAACGGCAUCGCCAAGAUUCUCGCCCUGAACGCCGCCAUGGAGACGUCCGGGCUUGUCCGCGACGCGCUCGCGUCGCUCCUAAAGUCGGGGGAGGAGGAGGAGGAGCCCCGGCUGGCAUGCCUGGUCAUCGAUUCCACCCUCACCGCCACGCAGAAGGCGGCGACCAGCCUCGGGCUGCCGACGCUCGUGCUGCACACCGGCAGCGCGGCCUGCUUCCGCUUGUUUAGGUCCUACGACAUGCUCCACGACAAGGGCUAUUUGCCAGAGACAGAAUCCAACCUGCACUUGCCGGUGAAGGAGCUGCCACCACUAAAAGUGAGGGACUUGUUCGACCCAAGCAAGCUCCCCAACAAAGAAAUUGGGCAGAAGAUACUGAAUCUAGCCACCGAAACCACAACAAACUCGUCCGGUGCAAUACUCAACACGUUCGAAGCUCUUGAAGCCCGUGAGCUGGAGAUGAUCCAGGACGAACUCGCCGAUAGGAUUCCAGCUUUCGCCGUCGGUCCACUUCACAAGCUCACCUCUGUCGAUGGCGCGCAGACCAGCCUACUGAACCAGGACCGCAGCUGCAUCGAGUGGCUGGACACGCAAGCCCCGGGCUCCGUGCUGUACGUGAGCUUUGGUAGCGUAGUUCAUGUGACCCAAGACGAGUUCAUGGAGGUCGCAUGGGGCUUAGCGUACAGCGGCAGGCCGUUCCUAUGGGUGGUACGACGUGGCCUCGUCCUUGGGGUGGAGAAACCAGAGCUCCCCGAAGGAUUCGAGUCCAUGGUGGAGGGUAAGGGCAAGGUGAUCGAGUGGGCCGCACAACAGGAGGUGCUAGCCCACUCUGCCGUUGGUGGCUUCUGGACUCACAACGGGUGGAACUCCACCCUGGAGAGCAUCUGCGAGGGGGUGCCGAUGCUGUCGAGUCCGCUCUUCGGAGACCAGCUAGCAACCGGAAGGUACGUGCAGGACAUGUGGAAGAUAGGGAUUUUGCUGGAGGGUGUGCUCGAACGAGUGAAGAUUGAGAAGGCGGUCAGGACGCUGUUGGAUGAAAAUGAGGGGAUGGAGAUAAGAGACAGAGCUAGAGAUUUGAGGAACAAAGUUCAGAUGUGCCUUGACAGCAGUGGGUCUUCUCGGCAAGCCGUUGAUAAGUUGUCCUAUCCCAAUAGGAUAUUGUUGCUCGAUUGAGCAAACUAUUUGCUGAAGAGGCAUAUCCAUGCUCCAUCCAGCCCUACUCCCUUAUGAAUCAUCGACCAACGGUUCCAUUCUUUCACCAAGAAAUCCCCACAGCUAGGGUCCUUAUUCUCGAGGACACCUCCUCCAGCACCAGCGACAAGCAAGGCCCUCACCCUGCAACCAGUGUUGUUGCAUAGAAAAAAUGAGGCCAAAGAAAAAGCAUUGGCAAAUCAAGAAAACAAAUGUUCUCCUCGAUCCACGAGAUCGUCUUCACCAUCUAAUCCACCGCCCCUCAAGCGCACGUGGAGAAUAAGACAAUUAGUACUGAAAUUGAGUCCUCAAAUGAUCAUUUAUCUACUUGCUACUCUAGUUAUCGAGCACAUACCAAAUGACGCCUGGUCUGUAUUGAUGGCCUUUCUUCAGGAGACAACCAGAGCUCCUCCUCAUUCGCCUCCUCGAGUAACCACCGUGCCUGACGACUCCGUAAGAGAGGUAACUCAUACCAAGUCGCCCCCCUUAUGCUGGUCAUUCUUCUAGGGAUUUGCUUGAUAAAUCCAAAAUGAUGAUGAAUCAUUGUGGGUGGGUUUCUUGCAGGCAAUGGCUGCCCUUGCUUUGUCUAACCCCUAGGUCAUCCCUUUGACACAGCUGGUCCCAGUAGUCGGUAUAAUGAGAAAGAAGAUAUCGACCAAGAGGAAGAAGUCAUACAUCCUUUCGAGCAUUCCGGUCACCAAAAUGUUGACUUGAGUAUUUAUCUUGAAUAGCACCCCCCCUUUCUGUAUCUUACUCUAUCAAUCGUAGGUCAUCAUGUCUGGAUAAGUUAGAGGAGCAUAGGACAAGCGGUUCAGACAGUCAAUUGGUUCUAGCUUCCCUCAUUGCACCGCCUCCACCUUCUCGAACAAAGCAACCUCUCGCAGAUGCAACUGAGCUAGACACGAAGCUCAAAGAAACUAAGGCCCUUGUGACUCCUCUGGCUAUUGAUCCUUGGGGAGCAAUAGAAGCUCGAGUAAAGGCCAUGAAGGUGCAAACCGAGGCAUGGGCUAGCAUGCUUACAAAUAUAAGCACCCAAGUAGCGAUCACCAAAGAUCAGCAUUUGGUGAUCGACCACUCUGGCCACCAGAAAGCCCCCAAGAAGAAGGAUGUCCUGCUAGCCGCUCACCAAGAAAAGAUCAACGCUCUCAAAGCUGAUUUGAAGAUCAAACUCAAGGCUCUCAAUGAGGCAAUAAAAGUCAUCAAGAAGAAGGAUAAAGGGCUCGAAGAACUCAGGGAUGCUUCAAAGAAGGUGGAAACUGAUUGGAUGGCUUGGCUGCUAGAUGGGAUUAUGCAGUUGCAGCACUUCAAAAGAUGUGGGAGCAGACCCUCAACCACAUGAAUCAAUCGGCUUCCAUCAGUGCUGAGACUAUGCUUGGUCUCCUCCAGAGCUACAACCCUAACCUCAACACAUCGGUAGUGAUGGAGGGGUUUGAGUGCCCUAUAGAGGAGGCAGCGGACAUUAUUCAAAGCGUCAAGCUCCAAAUCCCCAUCUUCGUCGAGUCUUGAGCACUUAGAUUGCCUAAUAAUGAAAGCAAGGGUAGUCCUUCUAGCUAAUUUCCUAUAGUUCUCAACUUGAAACAAUUAAAACUUGCCCUGUGAUUUGGGGGUGUGUGUAACAUUAGU